AUGUUGGUUUUUGCACCAAAAAUGAAGAAGAGGAGCUCCACAGGCCCAGAAUGGGAAGUACUUCACGGGGAUGAAGGUGCCAGCAGAGAUCCAGAGGAGCCGAGUCUCGUUGUUGGGAGUCGAGAAGCCCUCAGUAGGAUCCUAACAGGGUCAAACUUUGACUACAAGCCCCUGCAGCCAAACCAAACCAAAUCUAUUUUUGUGUCGGUCGAGCUCGACGCUGAAGUCCGUCUGAACGAACAUCUCCAGCAUGUAAAAUCAACGUAUCCAACCGACAGGACCAGGAGGAACACUUUCUCAAGGCUGCAGCCACGAGUCUGUCUGCAGAGGACCAAGCUGAAGGAAUGUACGCCCACCGGCUCUCUGGUGGACUCACAGUGCCAUCUGGUGGCGGUAGUGGAAAAGGUUGCAUCCCUUGACUUGAACAAGGGAGUUAAAGAGCUAAAAAACAAACUACAGAAAAACAGAUGGUGCAGGUCUUUUGGUCCAACACGGCUGUCGGGCUCUUGCUUCUGUCGACCAAAACAUCCAAUCCUGGGAGGAAUUUGA